UAAACAUUGUUCCUUGUUCGUGGAUGAGUGGAUGUGCUUGUUUGAAACGCAGCGAGUUUGCACUGCCCCCCGACCGAAGUGUCGAUUGAAUUGCAUCGAGAGAUCUGCGACGGAUGGACUGGUUGUUCCAACAUUGCAAGGAUCGAACUCGAUGGUGAUGCUCGAGUUGGUCGAGUCAUGGCUGGCCCAACCACAACCGCGGGACGUGCUGGCUCAUGCACAAGGCGCCAAGUCCACUGUCGUUCGCACCAUGAUACAUCGUGGUUAACAUGCGGCGCACCCGAGUUGAGCGUCGAUUUUGUCGGCCAAGACGUCGCUCAGGCCCCUGGUGCCGAAAGAUCCGACUACUGCGCCGCAUGCCAGCCCAACGAAGGGUGCAAUGCGUACAGGUGGUUCAGCGGCUUAUGCUACUUGAAGGGCCAACGUACUGGAAACACCUCGAUUAUGGGAGGUGGUUCGGCCCGCACGGACAAGUGCAGCGCGCUCGAAGCGGACGUUGACUACGUCAACAACGACUUGUCGAGCGUGUUGCGGACGUGGCGGACUGCUGUGCUCUUUGCCGACAAACGAGUGGUUACCGCGCGUUGAGCUGGAUGAACGGCGAGGCCUACUUGAAGAGCGGUAAGGAAUCGCCAGUGUUGAUGGCUGGCGUGAAAUCGGCAACCACAAACGAAGUAGUUUAAUGCACGCAAUGGCUAGUAGAAGUCCUUUCAGCAGUG